AUGGCCAUGAGCGCGGGUAUCCUUUCGUCGCCGAUGCUAGGAGGUUUGGUAUACAGCGCUGGCGGCUACUAUGCCGUCUUUUCCAUGUGCUUCGGUCUCAUAGCAGUUGAUACUGUGAUGAGGUUGAUGGCUAUCGACGUCAAGACAGCUCAGGCGCGUCAAACCAAGCCACAGGCCAGCAUUUCUCAUCUUGCUGCUCUCUGGGGCACCCUCGCUCACGGUAUCGUCACGACAUCAUUUGACAGUACCCUGCCCCUUUUCGUCUCAGAGAGAUUUCAUUGGGACUCUGUCGGUGCUGGUCUUAUCUUCCUACCGCUGGUUUCGCCCUCGCUACUCGGCCCCUUGGUCGGCGCUGCUUGUGACCGUUGGGGUGCCAGACUACUGUCGAGCUUUGGGUUCCUGCUUGCAACGCCAUUCUUCAUCUGCCUCCGCUUUGUUGAUGGCGAUAGCUUGUCGCAAAAGGUUAUCCUGUGCGUCUUGCUUGCUGGGGUGGGCAUUGCCAUGGCCUUGGUGCUCGGCCCGCUGAUGGCAGAAAUCACCUGGGUGGUUGAGGAGGUCAUGCCCAGUUCGGCGCAAAGCUCCUUUGCACAGACCUAUGGCCUGUACAACAUGGCCUUCUCGGGAGGUGCCUUGCUUGGCCCUAUCCUUGGUGGAAUGAUACGCGAUGCUGCCGGUUGGGGCACUGUUGGCUGGACUUUAGGACUGAUCACGUUUGUGACCGCCAUUACGCAAGUCUUAUGGACCGGCGGUCCAGUUUUCAAGCAUCGAGCCAGCGCAUGA